AUGUUUCCGCCGGAGCUCCAACCCCGUUCCUUCCGACCCUAUAUCUCGACCUCCGUCAGCGCCCCUUCUUUCAACGGCGUCGGCGGCGAUGCUUACCCUAGCCCCAAUUCAGCUUCUUCAGUAUACGCCGCCGCCGGCAGUAGCAGCUCCCGCAGCUCCACCUCUAGAUCUCUCCUUAAGGGCUCCCGAUUCUCCCCUUCGACCUUCGCCCAUAACGCCAGAAUUGCCCUUGCAUUAGUCCCCUGCGCUGCCUUCCUCCUCGACCUCGGCGGAACUCCUGUCCUCGCCACCCUCACCUUAGGUCUUAUGAUUGCCUACAUCCUCGACUCCCUCAACUUCAAGCCUGGCUCCUUCUUCGCCGUCUGGUUCUCCCUCAUCGCCGCUCAGAUCGCCUUCUUCUUCAGCUCCUCCCUCCUGCUUUCCACCUUCAAUUCCGUCUCCCUCGGUCUCCUCGCCUCCUUCGCCUGCGCCCUUACCAAUUUCUUGAUAGGGGUAUGGGUCUCCCUCCAGUUCAAGUGGAUCCAAAUCGAGUAUCCCACCAUCGUCCUGGCCUUGGAGCGCCUCCUGUUCGCGUGCGUUCCCAUCUUGGCUUCCUCCAUCUUCGCUUGGGCCACAGUCUCGGCCGUCGGAAUGGUCAACGCCGCCUAUUACCUAAUGGCUUUCAAUUGCGUUUUCUACUGGAUUUUCUCCAUCCCCCGCGUGUCGUCGUUCAAGAUGAAGCAGGAGGUCAGCUACCAUGGUGGGGAGGUUCCCGAUGAAAGUCUCAUCCUCGGCCAGCUCGACAGUUGCCUGCACACCCUGAAUCUCCUCUUCUUCCCUUUGCUAUUCCACAUUGCUUCCCAUUACUCCAUCCUAUUUUCCUCUGCUGCUUCUAUCUGUGAUUUGUUUCUCCUUUUCUUCGUUCCCUUUCUUUUUCAACUGUAUGCUUCCACCAGGGGGGCUCUUCGGUGGCUCACUAAGAACGACCGCCAGCUCCACAGUAUCCGCUUGGUCAAUGGUGCGAUUGCUUUGCUUGUGGUUGUACUUUGUCUGGAGGUCAGGGUUGUUUUCCAUUCGUUUGGUCGAUACAUUCAGGUGCCACCUCCUUUCAAUUAUCUGCUUGUCACCAUCUCAAUGCUUGGAGGAGCAGCCGCUGCCGGUGCUUAUGCACUCGGCAUGGUUUCGGAUGCUUUUGGCUCAACGGUGUUCACUUCUUUGUCUGUCCUUGUUAGUGCUGCUGGGGCUAUAGUUGUCGGAUUUCCUGUAUUGUUCAUUCCGCUUCCAUCAGUAGCUGGAUUUUAUUUGGCCCGUUUUUUCACGAAAAAGAGUCUAUCAUCCUACUUUGCCUUUGUUGUGCUGGGUAGCCUGAUGGUUACGUGGUUUGUGAUGCAUAAUUACUGGGAUCUCAAUAUUUGGAUGGCAGGCAUGUCUUUAAAAUCCUUCUGUAAGCUGAUAGUUGGUAGUGUUAUCCUAGCAAUGGCUGUUCCUGGUUUAGCUCUUCUUCCACCGAAACUCCAUGUCUUGAUGGAGGCUUGUUUGGUUAGCCAUGCUUUGCUCCUAUGCUAUGUUGAAAACCGGUUUUUCAAUUACUCCAAUGUAUAUUACUAUGGAAUGGAGGAUGAUGUAAUGUAUCCAAGUUACAUGGUUAUGAUGACUACUUUCUUUGGUUUAGCACUUGUGAGGAGACUUUCUGUGGAUAAUAGGAUUGGGCCGAAGGCAGUUUGGAUACUAACUUGCUUGUAUUGUUCUAAGCUUGCUAUGCUUGUCAUGGCAUCCAAGGCUGUAUUGUGGGUGUCAGCUGUUCUUCUGCUGGCUGUUUCUCCUCCUCUACUUCUAUACAAAGAUAAGUCUAGAACUGCCUCAAAGAUGAAACCAUGGCAGGCCUAUGCGCAUGGUGGUGUGGUUGCAUUAGCUGUUUGGUUUUGUCGAGAAACGAUUUUUGAAGCUCUUCAAUGGUGGAAUGGUAGACCUCCAUCUGAUGGUUUACUAUUGGGCACCUGCAUUCUUUUGGUGGGGUUAGCUUGCGUGCCAAUUGUUGCUCUUCACUUCUCACAUGCAAUGUCUGCAAAGAGAUGCUUGUUGUUGGUGGUGGCAACAGGUGUAUUAUUCAUUUUGAUGCAGCCGCCAAUCCCCAUGUCAUGGACGUAUAGCUCAGACAUAAUCAAAGCUGCUCGGCAAUCUUCAGAUGACAUUUCCAUAUAUGGUUUUAUAGCAUCAAAGCCCUCAUGGCCUGCAUGGCUGCUAAUUGCAGCAAUCUUGCUUACUCUAGCAGCUAUCGCCUCCAUCCUUCCUAUUAAGUACAUUGUUGAAUUGAGGACAUUUUACUCCAUUGCCGUUGGAAUUGCACUUGGAGUAUAUAUAUCUGCGGAGUACUUUUUGCAGACUGCAAUGCUGCAUCUCCUGAUUGUUAUCACCAUGGUAUGCACCUCUGUGUUUGUGGUCUUCACACAUUUCCCAUCUGCCUCGAGUACAAAGCUUCUGCCAUGGGUAUUCGCACUACUGGUUGCUCUCUUCCCAGUCACUUAUCUAUUGGAGGGCCAGGUGAGAAACAACAAAAGCCUGCUCGGAGACGGUGGAGUUGGAGAUUUGGAGGUGGAAGAUAACAAACUAGCUACGCUGCUGGCUGUUGAGGGUGCAAGGACAUCACUUCUUGGUCUAUAUGCAGCAAUCUUCAUGCUUAUUGCACUUGAGAUAAAGUUUGAGUUGGCUUCGCUUCUACGAGAAAAGGUCACUGAAAGGGGCGGACUUAGACACAGCCAGUCUGGUCAAAAUGGCACAGCCAGCGUCCCUCCGAGGUUAAGAUUCAUGCAGAUGCGCAGGGCCUCCGCUGUGCCAACCUUCACGAUAAAGAGAAUGGCUGCUGAGGGGGCUUGGAUGCCCGCAGUUGGUAACGUGGCCACCAUCAUGUGCUUUGCGAUAUGCCUGAUAUUGAAUGUCAAUCUUACUGGUGGCUCAAACCGAGCAAUAUUUUUCUUGGCCCCCAUCUUGCUACUUCUCAACCAGGACUCUGAUUUUGUUGCUGGAUUUGGGGACAAGCAAAGGUACUUCCCCGUUACUGUAGCCAUCUCGGGCUACUUGGUGUUGACUGCGUUGUAUGGCAUAUGGGAAGAUGUAUGGCAUGGAAAUCCAGGGUGGAGCUUGGAAAUAGGAGGGCACGAUUGGUUCUUUGGUGUCAAGAAUUUGGCGCUUCUCAUUCUGACGUUCCCGAGUCACAUCCUUUUUAAUCGCUUUGUGUGGAGCUACACGAGACGGAACGACUCAACUCCGCUGCUCACCAUACCCCUUAAUAUUCCUUCCAUCAUUAUAACUGAUGUCCUCAAGGUUAAGAUACUAGGGCUUCUGGGGAUUAUAUAUUCCUUGGCCCAGUACCUAAUUUCAAGACAACAACACAUCACAGGCUUGAAGUAUAUUUAGAUAGGAAAUUGAAAUACGCUGUAGAAUAGUGUUUUUGUCUCUUUUUUUUUUUUCCUUCCCCCACUCUGCUCCAGGCAAUUUUGAAAUCAGGUAUGAAAGAUUUCCCUGCUAGUUGCGCGCCCUGGUCAUCAUUUUGGUUCCCAUUUGCCUAAGCCCGGUUAGGAUAGGCAAUGAGAGUUGGUGAAAAAGCAGUUUUGGGGACCUGAGAAACGAAUGGCUCCGCUCCGCUAACUUUGUUGGGACUUGGCAGUAUCCGGCAAUUAAUCAUUUUCGGAUAA